GCCAUCGAUGGGCCCCGCGUUCGAUUCGCGGCUGGCGCAUUUCUUUUACUUUUUUUUUUUCUUCCUCUCUGUUUUUUUCCCUGAUGGAGUUCUUCAUCUGCUACUUUUUUUUGUUGGAUCCCCUUUCCUCCCUGCUUUUUUUUUGUCCUUUGAUUAUGUCCGUAUAUGUGUGUGUGCAUGUGUGUGUGCAUAUGUGUGUGCAUGUGUGUAUAGACAUGUUUGGUAUGUUUUUGAAGCCUUUUGUUCUUUUUGUCUUUCUGAGGCAGGUUAUCGAACAUGAUUAGAUGAACAGGCGACUAUGGGAAGUAUUUAUCGCCAUUUUUUUAAUAUUUUUUUUUGUGUUCUACUGUUGUGAUGACAUGCCGAGUUUGUCAGACUUGUUAUCUUGCAAGAUCCACUCAUUCAUUGGGAUUGUUUUUUUUUUUUUUUUUUCCCCC